AUGUUCCCCGGCCUGGCACAGAGACCAUGGCAAGUCUUCUGCAGGGUCUAUCGGCAGCACAGAACCCCACUGUCACAACGACCCCACAGGAUUACCCGAACAUGCGACGGGUGGCAGAUUGGAGGGAUGCACAAUCUGUGGUUCAGCCUCCCUGACUUCCGUGUAGCCAAUCUAGCAACCAGCCAUGUCCAGUACUAUUCUACCUCACGCAGCAGUAAGGAUGGCCCUCCACAAGGACCCGACGGUCCGCCUGCUGUGGAGAAGGUGCUAGCUGGGACUGCACAACCCUCAGACUCUCCAGGGUCAACAACACCCCAAGGUGAGACAAUUCAAGUGAAAGUGCGGGCUGUGCUUAAGAAGAGGGACUAUGGAUCCAAGUACACCCAGAACAACUUUAUCACUGCAGUCAGAGCUACGAAUGAGUUCUGUCUCAAGCCAAGUGACCUGGAGCAGCUAAGGAAGAUCCGUCGACGCAGCCCGCACGACGACACCGAGGCUUUCACUGUAUUUCUGCGAUCAGAUGUGGAAGUCAAAGCUCUAGAUGUGUGGGGAAGUCCUGAAGCCCUUGACAGAGAGCAGAAACUCAGGAAAGUGGAGGAGAGGGAGUAUGAAGAAAAUAUUUUCCAGAAGCAGCAGUUGCUAAAGGAGUACAAAGAUUUCUGGGGAAACACGAAGCCCCGAUCAGGCAGCAAGAGGGCGACAUUUUCACAAGGGCCGGGGAAGGUUGUGUUGGUGGCCAUAUGCAUUAAUGGACUGAAUUUCUUCUUCAAGCUCCUGGCUUGGGUGUACACUGGAUCAGCCAGCAUGUUCUCAGAGGCCAUUCACUCCCUGGCUGACACCUGCAACCAGGCUCUUCUUGCAAUCGGCAUCAGCCAGUCUGUCCGGAACCCUGACGCUGUCCACCCAUAUAGCUUCUCCAACAUGCGCUACAUCGCCUCGGUCAUCAGUGGCGUGGGCAUUUUCAUGAUGGGAGCGGGUCUCUCUUGGUACCACGGCAUCAUGGGACUGCUGCACCCACAGCCAAUCGAGUCUCUGCUUUGGGCUUACUGCAUCUUGGCAGGAUCUCUGGUCUCAGAAGGAGCAACACUGCUAGUGGCCAUUAAUGAAAUUAAAAAGAGUGCAGGCCAGCAAGGAGUGUUCUUCUCCGAAUAUGUAAUGCAGAGCCGAGACCCCAGCACUAACGUGGUGCUGCUGGAGGACUCUGCUGCUGUGCUGGGAGUGAUCAUGGCCUCCAGCUGCAUGGGGCUCACCUCGCUCACAGAAACGCUCCUGGGUGUCGUGUCAGCCUUCCUCAUCUACACAAACACGGAGGCCCUGCUGGGACGCUCCAUCCAGGCCGAACACGUCCAGAAACUCACAGAGUUCCUGGAGAAUGAUCCCGCUGUCCGGGCGAUCCACGACGUGAAGGCCACAGACUUGGGGCUGAGUAAAGUGCGCUUCAAGGCUGAGGUGGACUUUGAUGGGAGGGUGGUGACCCGCUCCUACCUGGAGAAGUAG